AUGAUCCCGUUGGGCAUUCCUGGUAUCUGUGACCCGAAACUGCAACCCGGGUGGAUCUGUGGCAACGUGGCUCAAAGCUGGACCACAUCCAUUGUCUGGGGAGCUCUGGGUCCCUCAAGGCUCUUUGGAAGCGACGCACUAUACAGGAAGCUCCCUUGGGCUACUCUUGCUGGUGCUCUAUGGCGUGUUGCCUGGUACCUGGCCCGACAAUGCUGGCCCAACAGCUUCUUCCGACUUUGCCAUCCUCUCGUUCUCUUGGUAGGUCCCAUCUUGUGGGCGCCCCUCAACUUUUCCAUGGUAUGGCAAAGCUUGCCAGUGUCUUUCGUAUUCGGGUAUUGGAUCAAACGCCGAUAUGUAGAGCGGUGGAACAAGUACAACUACAUCACGUCCACGACUCUUCUGUCGGGAAUCGCCUUUUCCAUCAUUAUCCAGUUCGCGGGGCUUGCGAACCAGGGGAUUUCACCUACCGCAGUUCCCAGCGUGGUGUGGGACAACCAAAUAUAUGGACAUGCGACUUUCAAGACUGCAGAUGGCUAA